AUGGCCGAUCCCUAUGUGGUCAAUCCGUUCGCCGAUACCAUUAUCUUUCUGAAGAACCCCACGGUAGAGUUUGCUGUUUGGGAGAGCCAUGACACACAGUUGGACCGUGGCGCGCAGAAUGGAAACGACGGGGAUGGUUCCGAUAUCCACGAAGACAAGGAUGAAGGCCCAGACUCGAAAGAGUCCGUCGACUCGCUCAUCAACUGUACGGACUCUUCGAACCUCCAUGACCAAAGCAGCCCUAUGAUAGAGUACCACGUCUCCUCGAGUCACUUGAUACUAGCCUCGAAAGUAUUCUCCGUCAAGGCAUCACCGCGCUGGGGGCAGGACAAGCAGGCUGACGGCAAAUACCACCACACUGCGGAAGGAUGGGAUCCAGAAGCCUUCCUGAUUCUGAUGCAGAUACUCCACCUCAAGCAUUCAAAACUGCCGGCAAAGGUGACCCUCGAUAUGAUGGCAAAGCUAGCCGUUCUUGCCGACUUCUACGAAUGCGAAGAGGCUGUCGAAGUGCUCAUUCAGAAGUGGAUUAAGGCUUUGAGGCAGGAAUCUGGGCUUCCUGCCGAGUAUUGUCGCGAUAUGGUUCUUUGGAUCUGCAUUGCGCGGGUUUUUGGUUUGACGGAUGUUUUCGCACAUUGUAUAAGGACAACGAUGUACACCGUUCGAGAACCGAUACAAACUCUAGGUCUUCCCAUGUGGGAUUUAGACAUCAAGCUCCUGACUAGUUACAAGAAGUUGGCUCAGGAUGCGCUCAUGAUCGAGCUGGCGAAGAAGAUCAGAAAGUAUCGAAGUCCUUCGUACAUAUGUCCUCAGGAAUACGGAGAAUUCUCCAACCGUUGCAGACGUCAUCUCCUAAGGGCAUUUAGCAAGGCCUGGGAAUACGUAGUAGCGGCUUACCCGGACCUGAAGCCUGAUAUCACAUUUGAGGAAUACUGGGCACUUUCUUCCCAACAUAAGGGCGCAGCCGCUCUUCUCAAGACGAGCCUCAAAACGGUCGAGGAUAGACUCCAUGAUCUGAUGAACGAUCCGAAGUUUCAACAACCCAAGUGCGAUCCGGCUCAUGACCCUACGCACGCACGAUGCAACUUUAAGCACCAACUGAAAUCGACCCUUCCGUUCAUAAAGAAAGCACUAAGACCGUGCGAUCUCCAGCAGAAACACACCAGCACCCCAUUACACGGACCUGACAACGCUUCCGAGAGACGCUUCCUGGAUGUGGCUGGAGGCGAAUUGGUUAGCCGAACCGUCACAUUUCUGAGUCAAGAGUUGAGAGUUUCGUCGCGCCAUCUGACUUUGGCUUCCCCGAUAAUCAGAGAAGAUUUCACCAAGCACAUCUCAACGGGCCAGACUUGUAGUAGUCCGAAGUACGAUCUCGAAGUCCGGUGGUAUGAUGAGGACCGGUUCCACACAUUUAUGAAUGUUUUGCAUCUUCGCAAUUGGAAGGUUCCUAAAACUUUGUCAUUGGCCGACAUUGCCGCCGUCGGCGGGCUAGUGAGGAAGUACGAUUGCGCGGAAGCAUUUUCGGAGUGGGGCAGCAUGUGGAUUAUGGCACUUCCGCCCUUGAGGUCUGAUAAGGAAUUAUCGACGUUGGCAUUGCUCGGGCGGGUUCAUGCCGCCUGGCUGUUUCAACUGCCGGACGUUUCUAAGAUCAAAACAUUGGAAGCCGUUAGGAUGAGCAGGGGAACGGAAACGGAAAUAAAAAACUUUCGACCUCUUGCACGCGUUUUAUUGAAGGUGCAUACAAUGCGCCGGGCUGCGAUCCGCAAGAUUGCCGACGAUAUUCUCAGCUUGCCCUCUGCUCAGGCGCUAAAGGAGCGGAAGUGUGCUAAAGGGGUCAAGACGUCUCUCGAAUGCGCUUUGGAAGUUUUGGGCCUGCAGCACGAUCCAUCGACCGGGCCACAUACGGCACUGAGGCUUCAAGAUCUAUAUGAUCGGGUACAGCAAGAGCCCUCUCCGGAUUCCUGUUGCCUUGCGCAGCUCCUCGGCGUGAAGGACGUGGUAGAGCGCGUUUGGGCGCAGCCGCCACAGCCGGAAUUGCAUCCUAGCGUUCAAACACUGCUAAGUGAAUACCGGAAUCGGAGUGCCUGGGAUCGAACAUCGGUGAGGCAUUGA